UUCGUCGGAACGAAACGAGAAGCUUUCGGCACGUGCUUUCGUCGCGAAAAAAGCUCACAAGUGCGUAAUUACCUAACACAAUCGGCCGUUCGAGCCUCGCGGUUUGGAUUCUCGAUUUUCUGCGAUUUAUCGAAAAGUUCAACUUUCGCCGGUUCUCGCCAGCCCGAAUUGCUGCAGCGUGCCGGUAUGACCGCGGGGUGUAAUUAUUGAUGUUAAAUUUUUAUUUCGCUUGUCAAAAGGGACCUGUAUGAUCAUGGCGACUGAAUUUAUCGUGCCGCUGGGAAUUUUCGAAUAGGAUGCAGGAGAGGGUAAAGGAUCAAUGUUCGAUUAUUUUGCGACGGGAAUAUUUCUCUGCGAGAAUUGGUACUUUAAGCGAGAUGUGACCGUUGACAAUAUAGAGUGUAAAAAGACAUAGGAAUUCGUCACGAUGCAACGAUGUAUGCAACUUACGGUUACAUGAAACGCUAAAUACGCUUUUACCGAGACAAACUUGUUCACAGAGUUCGUCAAAUGGGAAUUUUUUCAGUACCCCGUUCAUUUCCGGUAGUACCCGAGUAUUCAUAUAAUAUCAGAAGUUAAUUGGAAAUCCCGAUUAGACAUUUGAAGUAUAAAAACUAUCUGCUUUAUAUAUUGAUAAUUUUCUCCAGGAAAUAUUACUCGUUAAUAUUCUGGGAAUUACGGUAAAUUUGAUGGUAAAUUGUAAAGCACUGACUUAGUUCUGGUUAAACAACGAGUUAGAAAUGCAAAAUGGAACGCUAUGAUUCGAUUGAAGUUCGUUCGGAGUGUUAAUAACUUCGGUGACGGAUUUGAAAGAGUUGAACGAAAUUUGGUGUUGUGAAAUCAGCGAGCGCGAAACGAACACUUUCAAGAUGUUGCGGUUGGAACUGCUGGGUCUUCUGUUGUUGGCCUGCACACAGAUUCUUACGGAACAUCGUGACUUCCACGAGUCACGAAGUCAGUACGGCCAUCACCCGCGGCGGUACGACGGCUUCGAGGAAAGAAUGACGAGGGAAGUCCACGUCAAAGAGGGUCGAUUACGCGGUACGGUGGUCCAACCGAGAACCAGUUACAAUUUGCAGCUGGUCGAUGUUUUUCUAGGAGUCCCUUAUGCGGAACCUCCGGUGGGAUCCUUCAGAUUUUCACCGCCGCGAUCGCCACAGCCAUGGCGUGGGGUGCGGCAGUCGCUGGAAUUUGCCCCAGUUUGCCCGCAAGUCUUGCCAAAUCUACAAGAGGAGGUGAAGCCGGGCAGGUACGAGUACUUGGAGAGACACUUGCUGUACCUGACGAACCAGAGCGAGGACUGUCUCUAUCUUAACAUCUAUGCUCCUCAUCAGGCCGAAAGUCAGAGAAAUCUAAGGAAAUACCCAGUCAUGGUCUUCAUCCACGGUGAGAGUUACGAAUGGAACAGCGGUAAUCCCUAUGACGGCACCAUAUUGGCGGCUUACGGCAACGUUGUCUUUGUUACAAUUAAUUUUCGACUUGGCAUUCUGGGUUUCCUGAGACCCGGGAUCAGGGACGACGCAGCGAGCAACUUCGGACUGUUGGAUCAAAUAGCGGCUCUGCUUUGGCUAAGAGAAAACAUCGCCGAGUUCGGAGGCGAUCCUAACAGCGUCACUUUAGUCGGUCACGGAACUGGAGCUAUCUUCGCUAAUCUACUCCUAAUCAGCCCGGUUACCAACAAAAAAGGUUUGUUCAAACGAGCUAUCCUGAUGUCCGGAUCGGCGAUGAGCGCAGAUGCCAUCGGUAAGGCGCCCUUGCAGAUCACCAAACAGGUGGCGCACGCUCUCAACUGUCCCACCACCAGCGACAGCGAGCUGGCUGGAUGCUUGCGCAACCAGGACGUAGACACGCUGCUGCGCGUGAAAAUCCACAAGCCGAAAUACGUGCCGGCUUACGCGCCGCUAAUCGACCGCGCUGUUAUCCCUGACAAGCCGUUCAAUUUAAUGGAGAACGUCCAACUCUUUGGCAGGUUCGAGUUGAUGUACGGUGUGACAGAAUCCGAGAAAUUUCACAUCCUGCCACCGGUUGCUUUGUUGCACGGUAUGCUUGAUGGACAAAGGGACGAGAUUUUGCGAGACCAUGCCAAAGCGACGCACGAAUUGGAGCCGGACCUGAUACUGUCGAAAGUGCUGGAGCAGUACGGCGAUUUUUCGAGUGGAUUCACGAGCGAGUACGCCACGAAGAAUCGGGACAUGGUGCUGGAAGCGUUAUCCGACAGCGGCACCGUGGCGCCGUUAAUAAUGACUGCCAAUUUGCAUUCAAGGGCGAACCCGAAGAGCUACAUGUACGUCUUCUCGCAUCCGAAAGCUAUGCAAGACUAUUCUGGCCAACAACGUCUGCGUACCGUGUACGGCGAGGAACUACCUUAUGUACUGGGUGUCCCACUGGACGGCGGCAGAUUCGACUCGCGGGGUCGAUAUAAUAUGAGGGAGACGUUAUUUUCGGAAGCGAUUAUGAACUGGUGGUGCAGCUUCGCCUAUAUCGGGAGCCCCAACAUCGCCAAGCGAUAUCCUUACUUUACUGGCAUGUCCAAGGAAUGGGGUCAAUACGACAUCGAGUGGCCAGAGUACAGUGACGUCAAUCAGACAUACUUAAACUUAACAAUACCGCCCAACAUAGGUGUGCACUAUCACUCGGCGGAGAUGCAGUUCUGGAAUGAGGACCUGCCCAAUCUGCUCAGGCACCCGAAUAAAGAGAUGUCGGUCCCGCCUCGACCGAGAGGACCGCGACCGCAGAUUCUUGACUUCGCCGAUGGCAUCGGCAAAUAUGCUAACGGAACCGCCGGUCGGAUCCACGAAACUUACGGCGGCAGAUACACAACUCCAUCGAGCGUGACGGACUCUAGUACGGAAAAAUCACUAUUUUCAAUUGUGGCGACGACGAGCGGCGGUAUAGCGGCGGAGGAGGUGGCCACGAUGGAGCCGAGCACGUUGAACUCAUCGCUGGUGAUCAUGGUGUUCACGUUCGUCGUGGUGUUCAUAUUGAUAAACGUCACCGUUGUGUCCUUGUACGUCUACCACAAGAGGCAGAACAUAAAGGAGAAGGAGAAAUCGUUGAAGCGACGAUUCAGCGAGAAGAAAGACGACUCGGCCAAGAGGUCGAAGAUCGAAAAGCACGAGAAUUGCGGCCAGAUAGGCUACAAGAGCGACAGCAAGCCAGAUUUGAACGAUGUGAUAAAGAACGACAAGGCCUACGACAAUAACUCCAACUUUGGACGGAGAUCGAAGCUGUCGAGACAGAACUCCAGCUCGACCAUCGAUACGCAUAUCAAAGUUCGCGAGUGGAUCCAACAGGAGAUCGUACAUAGAUGCUCGCCGAGGUUUCUGCGCAAGACGCGGGAAACGUUGCAGAAGGAGCAUCAGGAGAAGCUGAGUAAGCAGCAGCAAGAAGAGAGGCAACGCAUGGAGCAAGAAGCGCUGAAAGAAAGGAAGGACGAGCCGAUCUACGACGAGAGUCCGGCGCUGGUGGUGCGACCUGGAAAAAAAUCAAAGCUGCCGAAGGUCUCCGUGGCCAUCGACGCCACGCCGGCGACCAGGACGGAGUCCGUUUUGAACCAAGUGCCCAUCGAGCUGACGAAGAGCAUCGAAGCACCGAUCGAAUAUGAACAGACCUUCAACCAGGAGGAGCUGAUGGCUCCCCAAGUGGUCGUCAUCGAGCACCAUCAUUCAAGGAGCGACCCGCUGCCCAUGGAGAGCGUCCUGAAGACGGUAAGGCCGAACUUCUCCACUCCCAGAAUCUACGAGUCGGACUCGGGAAGCGCGAGCAGUCUGUACGCCAAGAUCAACCCGAAGCUGAAAUCUCGUCUGCCUCGUCCCGGUGGCCUAGGGGCAAACACGGAGGCGCCGUUGUCGGGAGAACCGAAAUACGAGAAUCCUCUCGACGAGGAGAUCUACAUGAAGACCGGCGCGGUUCUAACGACCUUCGGGACGGGCGACGUGAAUGUCACGUGUCGCGAGCCGACUAUCGAGAGAGAGUGCAUCAGCCCGGAAGAGGCUCUGAAGACAAUCAAACGUCGGAACUACCCGAAGGUGUUGCCGGACAUCGAGAAGAGGCGAUCACUGCCGGCGCCGAGCAGUCUCUUCGUGCCGAAGCAGCAUGGGACCUUAUUGAGGGACUGCAAGAACGGGCACCGAGCGAAUUUGUCCUCGAGUCAACCGCCAUUGCCACCUCCGCGGAUAUUCGGACCGUCCAAGAGCCUGGAGAGAAGCAGCUUCUUCGCCGAAGAGUGCGAGAGCCAGUGCGAGGGCGAGCCGAUCACGACGAACCUGCACGUGGGGCCCUUGUUGAGGAAACAAGACUCCGUCAAGAACAAUUCCGACCCGAGCAUCAUAGAUUCCCUGGAAGGCAGCAGGGCUGUCCAAGCCGGCGGGAGCGUGGACACCAUUUACGCCAACCCCAAGUGUCCGCUUCACGGAGGUCAGUACCCCUUGCCGCCGACUUCGCAGAGCGUCGACGAAGGUAUCGGCAAACCGGGUGGGUUUUUCGAGGCCGGCAAUCCCAACUGGUACAAGCCGAGCGACCCGGCAAUCGGGGAGAUGGCGACGGCCACUUCGGAGCCGAAGAUCGUGAUCACGCCGAGGGUGCUUAAUUUGUGCCAGGCCAAUCAGAAGCCGGGUCUCUCAGCGCGCUCCGAAGACAAGAUCGAUCACGAGACGAAGACGUCCGCCGAGCCACGACGAGACGGGGGAUCCUCGGAGGGCUUGGACAAUUCGGCCAGGGAAACGGAGAGGAGGGAACCGCGGAUAAUCAUCACGGCUCGGGAGCCGAAGAACUGCGCCCCGGCGAGCAGUCUGAAGCAGCCGAAGAUCAUCAUAAAGCCGACGGCGAGUCUGCCGAGGAACAGGGAUCAGAGGAAUAUACCGAAGGUGUCAGCCAUACCAUCGCCGGAACAGCAGAAUUGCCAGAACACCGAGCGGGACCGAGCGCUCGAGCUGAGGGAGAAGCCGCUCCUGAGGGAGAAGCCGAGGGUUACGAGGAUCCCGUCGUUUUCACGCAGGAAGGAGGAGUCCGGGAUCGAAAAGCCAUCGUACGUGGAGAAGACGGAAAUCGUGCAGAGAGUGGAGGCGGCGCCCAGUAAAAUCACGAACACGCCAUCGACAUCCGAUGCCAAGUCGGGCAUACCGACGCCGACGACGACGACGAUGAUGUCGAAGAGCGAGAAGUCUGCCAGCACGGAUUCCUCGUCCGCUAGCAACGGGAAUUCCAGCAACUCGAAUACCGGCACGAUCAAACGCAAGCCGUCGAGCAAGAAAUAAUUGGCCCGGCCACAUGUUACGUUUCAUCCCUGUUUUGCGAAUAUACAUGGCUGGAGAGAUGCUCGGUGUCGUCUCUCUUUCCUCCCUCUCUCUCGCUCUCUCUCUAUCCGUCGGAACGACGGCCAAGCGUUGAUGCGAGUCUCGCGUGGUGCUGCUUCGCGAAAUCGAUAGCCUUCCGUCGAAUUCUGGGAAACUACGGCUGCUCGUUACAUGGUUACCAAUUAAUGAAAUAUCAUUUCCACAGAUCGCGGAUUGCGGCGCUGUGCGGCGCGUCUCGAAGUAUUUUUGUACACGUGGGAAGCAGCACAGCGGAGGAGGUGUAUAUAUAUAAUAAUUGCAGUAUCAUUAUUUAUGUUAAUAGCAUACGGGAGAUUUUGUAGCAACAUUUCGACAGCCUGUCUCAUAUUCGGAGUUAUGACAAAGAGAUUUUACGGAACCAAUUUGGACGUUCUGAGAAUACCGGACGGAGAAAAAUUUCUUUGAAUUUAGUACACGUGCUUGUUUGACUUGGGUUUGUUUGGGGUUGGUUUUCAGUAAAACAAAAUUUUUUUCGCUGUAUAUUAAAUGUUGUCUCGCUGAAAUAAAAAGGUCUUUAAUAUUUUUCUAAUAUAGUAUAGUGCUGCUUCUUUUUUCCAAAUAAUUCAUGUGGCAAUCAUUAUAAUGUUUCGAUGAAAUUACGAAAGAAAUAUGUAUUUGAUGGAAAGAUAUUUAUUGUUUGAGAAGCCAAACAACAAUCUUAUUUGUUCGACCAAACACUCGUUUGUUUGCUCCAUUCCAAAGAAAAAUUUGUUUUAAUCGAAAAAAUUUUAUUAAAUCCAAAGAGAUCUUUGUCUUUGUGUGAAAACUGUUAUUCUUUAUGAGAGAAAAACUCGUGAAAGCUUUAACUCGCAAUCGUGCGCAGACAGUCGAAAAUCCUUCGUUAAAAUUUUAACGAUAAACGUUCCCCUCUCUCUCUCUCUCUCUCUCUACGUAAAUCUCCUUUUAUCUAGAUGAGAGAUUUUAUAGUAACAUUUUGAUAGUAUCCGUCUCAUUCGGAGCUAUAACAAAGAGAUGUUACGAAACCGAUUUGAACACUUUGAGAAUACCUACUGUGAAUUUUCUUCACGAGGAAAGCUCAAAAUCGCAAUAGUGCACCGACAGUCGAAAAUCCUUCGUUAACAUUUGAACGUUUCUCUCUCUAUGUAAAUUUCCUCUUAUUCAGAUACCAUAGAAUCCGCCAAAGGAUAGAAUUACUUUCUCUAUAGAGUUAACGUUAUUUAUUACUGUUUCUUAGAUGUACGUUACAAUAGCAUGCUUUAAAUUGCAUUUUAACGACUUUAUGUGACCGUAUAUGGUACUUCUGUCGUCAUUUUUAUCACAACUACACAUUACACUAUAUUUUUCCACGACUAAUUAAGACUAUACAAGUACAAUGUAGCUAUACAUUAUGUAAAUAACAAUAAUUGUCAGUGUCUAAGACAUGUUAAAUAGUAAACAACCUCGUUGCGGUCAAAUCAAGGCCGCAGGGCAAAUCAUGUUACAUCACGUUUGUGGACCGUUAAGAACGCUCUCGUGAACGUCGUCGAUUGCUCGUACGAUUUUAGAUCGAGUAAGCACGACCAGUUUAACGUUAUCGAAUAGAAGUCGAUAAUUUCUCACGGCGCCUGCGCUUUUUUUACGCGUGUAUCUUUAUACGAAGAUAAGAAUAAAUGUUUUUCAUACUUUUCCAGCAGAGAAUCCAGAAUAAAAAAUCCCACCCACAAUUCAUCAUAUUCUUCCUCUUCCUUUUCCUCCGCUCCACCUACCCGCCUCUUCUUGCAUGCAAACGCUCGUAUCUUGUAUCCCGCGACUUUACACGCGUUCCGUAAACUUUAUUAUUAAGUGAAGCGGGGUCUAUAAGUCGUACAGGUGCAGUGCACGAACGGCAAGGGGAAUCGGGACAAAGUGGUCGGCGAGUUCUCACUUAUAUUACCUGCGGAUCGAAUUGAUUUUCAAAGUUCGCGCGGUAAUGGGAUUCCCUUCGUCUCUAACCGCUGCCACGCGGAAAGGAAAAAGCCAUUUUUACACUGGCCCCCCUUCUCUCUCACGUUCCAAUCAGUCUGUCGCUAUAUCCUUCCCUUCGUCUCUCUCGCUCCCCUUUCCCUUGUGUUUUCAUUUCAUCUCGUUCUACGUUAGUCGAUCCGAUCGGCAGGGUCGCCCUGAUCAGGAACCAAGAAGCGAAGAAAGAUGGGACGAGUGUUUUGAUGGUUUAUGGAAUUUUCAUUUCACGGCUUUUGACGAAAUUGGGGCCUCCUCGGGCGGAAAACGUCAGCAGACAAACGGCACAUUAUUAUGUUUGCGAUAAUAUUAACAUGCGUUGAUUGACAAACACGAGAGUUAUCUCGUGGCUGACGUGCGAAAAGAAUUCCCCGCUCCGUGUACUAGCUACAAAUUAAUAUGCAUAGGUUAUUUUCUUUUCCUGUGAGCUUUUG